AUUCUAAUAAUUUGCAGUUCGCCAAAUGGUGAUGUUUAGCGCUACUUGGCCCUUACCAGUUCAUCAGUUAGCAUAGGAGUUUAUGGAUCCCAACCCUGUAAAGGUUGUUGUAGAUUCAGAAGACUUAGCUGCGAAUCAUGAUGUCAUGCAGAUAGUUGAGGUCUGUAUUGACCAAAUCUAGACUGUGCGCGUGAUAAGCGACUGGUUGCUUUACUGGAAAAAUACCACAAAUCUCAGAGGAACCGAGUAUUGAUCUUUGUUUUGUACAAAAUGGAAACCACACGAGUUGAAAGGAUGCUUCAACAAGGAGGUUGGAAGGUUGUGUCCAUACAUGGAGACAAUGCACAACAUGAUCGUACAAAGGCACUUUCAUUAUUCAAGAAUGGGAGCUGCCCUUUAAUGAUUGCUACUGAUGUGGCUGCAUGUGGAUUGGAUAUUCCAGAUGUUGAAGUUGUUAUCAACUAUAGUUUUCCUUUAACUACAGAAGAUUAUGUUCAUAGAAUUGGUCGGACUAGACGAGCUAAUAAAAAGGGUGUUGCCCAUACAUUCUUCACACAGCAGAAUAAGGGUCUUGCUGGGAAGCUUGUGAAUGUAUCAAGAGAAGCUGGACAAAUUAUGCCAGAUGCCCUUUUAAAAUUUGGCACACAUGUAAAGAAAAAGGAGUCCAAGUGA